AUGGUGUAAGCCUUAACCAGCCGGUUGCCGAGCCUCGGUUGACCUUAGAUUUCCACAUGCUUUCAAGGAUACACUACGUAUAACGGUAUAUAUAUAAAUCGUCUCUAAGGUUCAUCUGACAAGAAUAAGCUUAAUUAUGUUUCCUCGCAGCACUAUUUGUUCGAAGUUCACCACAUCACAAAUUCACAUGGUGUUGAAACGGUGUAAAUUAUUGACGGGUCAGUUUCACACAGGAUCAGCAGGAUUGGCUUCGGGUGAAAAUCUAAUGGAAAAACAGCCGGAGAAUCGGCCAGAAAUUCAGCAAGAUGACCAUGAGGAGAAGCCACCUGAUUCAGAGCUGGCUGCAAAGACCGAUUCCAAACAGAUCCAGGUUCUCACAGGAGACGAAAUGUCCUCCAUGAAACCUAAACCGGAAGCCCCAACAGAACAUCCAGAUCUUUGGAAAAAUCCCAUAGAUAUGAGAAUAUUACCUAAAAAAUAUAAAGUAACAGAUAUAGAAAGAAAAAUGUUUCAGUUGUCGACAUAUAUAUUUCAAGAAGUGGGAGAAUCUGGUAAAAACAAAACAAAUUUUCUUAAAGCAUUACGCGUAUAUGAAGAACGAGAGAAGGUUUACCAUAGAGGCUUAGUAGAGUUUUUAGGAACAGGUCUGGACAAUAUAAAAGAGUGGGGAGUUCACAAAGACAAAGAGGUGUACAAGGCUCUAUUAGAAAUUAUUCCCAAAGGGAACUAUCUUCCGAAGUCAAAAUGGAUGGCAGAGUUGGGGCAUUUCCCCAAGCAGCAGCAGUGUGCUAUAGAUAUUCUGGAAAAAAUGCAGAAUAAUGGUGUGAUUCCUGAUGAGAAAAUGGAGUUGAUGAUCGAAGAGAGAUUCGGCCAUAGCAGCUACGUCUCCAGGAAGUACAUGCGCAUGAUGUAUUGGAUGCCAAAAUUCCGUCACGCUAAUCCAUACCCUGUGCCCUUCCAUCUACCAGAAGAUCCAAUACAGCUGGCGAUCAUAGCUCUGCGACGUAUGGCCAUUGAUCUUAAUAACAAGAUCACGGUUUGGAAGACUGUAGAAGUUGAAGAGAAACCCCUGGAGGACACGUUCAUCGUUAGUGCCCAGAGUCCCGACCAGGUUGAGCUAAUCAAUGCCCAUCCGAUUGAUACCCCCUUGGUAGUGAAAGGCAGCUACAGAGUCUGGCUUCGUCACAAAAAUUUGUCCUACUUUGUGUUGCAAUCAGACACGGGCAGACCUCAUGCACCAGCAGGGGACAUAGAUGAUGAUUCAGAAGUGGACUGGACAGGACUGAACCCUUACUUCACAGAAAAUGAGACUGACCAGGCCAUACUGGUCCCUCCUAGUAUUCACUCCCAGGACGAUGGCACGGUGAUGGCCACCUGUAUAACGGGAAGCUCUUCUCGGGAUUCAGUUGUGACGUGGAUACGAUACCUACAGAAGACAAAUCCCAAACUCGAAAAUAUCCCCAUUCUGUUCUCAAUUAAAACACACACAGGGCAGUUAGAUGUCCGGCAACCAACCUAGUGUCAAAGUAUCAAUUUAAAGUCAACUGGAAGACCAUGAGGUGCUCAGAGGAGAUAACUCCCUACAGCUGGAAGUUAAGGAUAUCAGCUGGGCCUCUUUAACUUAAGAAGGCCAAAAACGGUUGAACGAUCAAUCCAGUGUUGUUGAUGAAUUGAGAAUGAGCAUAGGGAUCUUGCUUUCAGACAAGUAUUGACAAAUAGAAAUUAUGGCCUGUGUUUACAUCUUCAGAUUUUUCAAGAUUUAUGUCUGAAAUAUAAAAC